AUGGAGAGUCCUUGCGGUUCGGGGGCGCGGCGGCUGGACGUGCUUGCGUUCAUGCCAGACGAGCGCACGCAGAGGCUCCUCGUGGCCCAGAGGCAGCAGGAGUUCUCGGCGGCCGUUGUAGCACAUCAGCCGCGGAUCGCCGAGGUGCGCGUCCAGAUGCACAACCUGCGGGACAGAGAGGGCUACGCCGUAAGGUAUGGGGUCACGGCGGUCCCCACUUGGGUCUUUCUGCGCGAUGGACAAGAGCUCGGGAGAAUUGUUUGUGAGCCCCGAGGCUCGUUUGCAGAAGAGAUAGGAAGAAUCCUGGCCGCAUCCACCCAGGAGCAAGACAGAGAGAACAGCUAG